UAUCUAAAAUAUCUACGCGGUAGGGGCAAAAUCAUCCUCAUCGAAAGAUCAAAAUUAUCUUAUAUAUGUAUGCUACGCUAUGGUAAUUCACAAGAAAACGUUGGGCGGUGCAGUCAAAACUUUCCACAAAUUCUGAGUAGAAGACGCAGAGGAGCUUACCAUCCCGUUUGGUGUAGAAAGUUUGGGGAAAGUUUAUUUCAGGGGGAAUUCGCAGGCAUAAAGGCUGGCUCUCAUGGAACUGUAAGGGCUCCAUUUCUCUUUUUAUUUUUAUUUUCUGGUGUUUACUCUCUGAAUGACCUUGACUGAACAGUUGAAAGUGUUGAGAAAUUGCAUGAAAUUUAGUUUCAAAAAAAAAAAAAUUGCAAUGGAUUUGAGGAUGUAGCAUAAGGAUUUUGAGAAGAGAAUAAAUUGGAACAAAUCUGAGAGAAAUUUGGAUUUUUAACGGAAUUUGAGACGGUUGUUGAAGUAAUUUUGGUAGGAUGAUGAAAGAGAACAAGAAUUCUUGGGAAUUUGAGACGGUUGUUGAAGUAAUUUUGGUAGGAUGACGAAAGAGAACAGGAAUUCUUGCGAGAUUCAGAAAUUACAAGGUAUUUGAGACUGUAAUCCUGGAUCACCUGUUGAAUUUGAGAGAAAUUCAGAUAAUUAUAGGAAGAGUUGGCAAAAAUAGGAAGGGGAAAUGGGAGAAUUUGUGAGGAUCUUAGACUAUCAUAUAAAGAAUUGGAUCGACCGUUAUAGUGAUGCGUAAUUCAUGAGAAUGAUCUCUGAGAAUAUCUAUCACAAGACAAGAAAGGUAGAUGAUCCUAACGGUUUGAUGAAUUAAUUGAGAAAAAAUAUUCUAGAAUUUUGGCGGAAAGGAGGAGAAUGAGCAGCGAUAAUGGAAAUCUGGAGAAAACUACUGAAAGUACAUAGAGGAUUUGAAAGACAAGGAACCUUUGAGAAGAGAUUUAAGUUAAAAAAGGAAGAUUACACUUUUUGGAGAGAGCUACGGUAAAAUUUCGAUAAGAGUAUAUAGAUCAGUAGUUUUUCCUGAGAAUCAAAGACUGUUUUUAGCUUGAACUGGGAGAAGAAUAGUGGAACUUGCAUAGUGCAAAGCAACUAAUAAGGGGUUAAAUGGUUCAAGAAAUAAAUGUGAGAAAUUAUGCUGAUGCUGUAGAAAAUGGUGGGGAAAUGGUAUUAGCAGUUUAAAAGAAUGGAAAACUGAAGGAAUCUGAGCAAAUUUUAUCAGGAAGAUAUGGAGUGUGGGAAAACCAGCAAAAUAUAAGAAAAGCAGGGGAAAAUUUUGAGAAAUUCUAGUAACAUAAAAGGCAAGGUGGAAUUUAACAGGCUGGAAAGUCCUUGUGUGAUGCAUUGAAACAAAUCCUCAGCUUGUGGAGCACCUGGAUCCCUUUCUUUUGGUGAAUAGGGUGAAGGAAAAUGGCAACACCAGUGGAACCACCAAAUGGGUGUGGAAUCCAAGGUAAGCAUUAUUACAAAAUGUGGCAAACCAUGUUCGAGAUUGAUACGAAGUAUGUCCCAAUCAAGCCGAUUGGUAGAGGAGCAUAUGGCAUUGUCUGCUCUUCUGUAAAUAGAGAUACCAAUGAAAAGGUUGCCAUUAAGAAGAUACAUAAUGCUUUUGAGAAUCGCGUUGAUGCACUUCGAACUCUGCGGGAACUGAAACUUCUUCAUCACCUUCGUCAUGAGAAUGUCAUUGCUUUGAAGGAUAUUAUGUUGCCGGUCCAUCGAAGGACUUUCAAGGAUGUUUAUUUGGUGUAUGAACUCAUGGACACAGAUUUGCAUCAGAUUAUCAAGUCAAAUCAGGUGCUCACCAAUGAUCACUGCCAGUAUUUCCUUUUCCAGCUGCUGAGAGGCCUCAAAUACCUUCACUCUGCAAACAUCCUCCACCGAGAUCUCAAGCCCGGAAACCUCCUAGUAAAUGCAAAUUGCGACCUAAAAAUUUGUGACUUCGGCUUGGCUCGAACCAGCAGUGGUAAAGGCCAAUUCAUGACCGAAUAUGUAGUUACAAGGUGGUACCGAGCCCCUGAGCUCCUCCUAUGUUGUGAGAAAUACAACACCUCAAUUGAUGUAUGGUCUGUAGGCUGCAUUUUUGCGGAGUUAUUGGGUCGAAAGCCUAUUUUUCCAGGCACUGAGUGCCUUAACCAACUCAAGCUCAUAGUAAAUGUUUUGGGCAGUUUAGAAGAGGCUGAUUUAGAGUUCAUAGACAAUCCAAAGGCUCGAAGGUAUAUAAAGUCUCUUCCUUAUUGUCCUCGUACACCUUUGGCUCGUUUGUACCCAGAUGCAAGCCCUUUGGCCAUAGACUUGCUUCAAAAAAUGCUGGUUUUUGACCCAGCAAAGAGGAUCAGUGUAACGGAGGCAUUGAUGCAUCCAUAUAUGGCUCCACUUUAUGAUCCGAGCAAGGAACCUUUGGCUCAAGUUCCAAUCGAUUUGGACAUAGAUGAAGAUUUGGAGGAGGAGAUGAUUAGAGAGAUGAUGUGGAAGGAGAUGCUUCACUAUCAUCCUGACGCAGAGGCUUCUUCAUCAUUGAUGUUUGCAUAGUUUUUGUGAGAGAGAGAGAGAGAGAGAGGUUUGGAGUGCAAUCAACAUGUUGUAAGUAGUGUGGCCAGAGUAUGUCUUUCGGUAACUAUUUAUGUAUCUGUAUCAUCGAUAAAGAGGAGAGGGUUUCACAGCGUUGUAAUUAUUCGAGCAAGAAUCUGAAACAAAAUAUCUGUGCAUCAGUUUUUCAUUCUUAUAGUGUAAGAGAGAGAGGAGGUUCAAAGAAGUCCAUCAUGUAGGCGUUGUAGUUCUUCUAUCAAGGAGAUGCAUCAGU